AUGACGGGUAACCAUCAAGAUGCGGCCCCGAUCACGCCGACAAGCUCCACCCAAUCGCCAAACACCACAGAUAACCAAACUCAUUCUGCAGGCCAAAGUGCCGACAGGUUCAUGAGUGAGCAGCGCAGAACCCACCCGUCAUCGUGGGUUGUUGCCGCCCUCUGUGUUGUGAGUUUGUGCGUGUUGCUCUCCUUCGGCGUGUGCGCGUGGAAGAAAUGCCUGAAAAAGGACAAGGACAAGAAAAAGGGGAAGGAGAAGAGCAAAGGAGGGGGCGUUGACACUGAAAUGGAUGGAGGUUACAAAGAGCCGCUAAAAGUUGAAAGCAAGAAGGAAACAGAGUUGUCAGACACAGAGCCAAAGGAGGAUGACAAGCUUGGCAGACUACACUUCACAUUAGACUACAACUUCACUGAUAACAUGCUAGUAGUCGGCAUCUUGCAGGCCUCGGGGCUUCCUGCCAUGGAUGUGGGCGGGAGCUCGGACCCUUACGUAAAAGUCUAUCUGCUUCCCGACAAAAAGAAAAAGUUUGAAACCAAAAUUCACAGGAAGACUCUCGAACCCAACUUCAACGAGACUUUCACAUUUAAGGUACCGUACACUGAGCUGGGCGGGAAGACGCUGGUGAUGACGGUGUACGACUUUGACCGUUUCUCCAAACACGACGCCAUCGGCGCUGUGAAGAUACCUAUGAGCAGCGUGGACUUCAGCCAGUCGCUGCAGGACUGGAGGGACCUGCAGAAGGCGGAGAAAGAGGAGAGCGAGCGUCUCGGGGACAUUUGUUUGUCCUUGAGGUAUGUGCCGACAGCAGGGAAACUGACUGUGGUGAUUCUGGAGGCCAAAAACUUAAAGAAAAUGGAUGUGGGCGGAUUAUCAGACCCUUACGUGAAGAUCCACUUGAUACAGAAUGGGAAAAGACUGAAGAAAAAGAAAACGACAACCAAGAAGAACACAUUGAACCCUUACUACAACGAGUCGUUCAGCUUUGAAGUGCCAAGUGAACAGAUAGAGAAGGUGCAAGUAGCAGUGACUGUGUUGGACUAUGACAAGAUUGGAAAAAACGACGCCAUCGGUAAAGUGCUGCUGGGUAUGAGCGGCACCGGCACCGAGCAACGCCACUGGGAGGACAUGCUCGCAAACCCCAGGCGGCCAAUCGCGCAGUGGCACAGCAUUCAACCGGCGGACGACAUCAAUGCGCUUAUUUCCAAUAAGAAAUAA